AGGGAAGGGCGAGUGAGAGAGGAAUGCACGGCUAAUGAGAAAACGGAGCGGCGCUGGGCAGGCAGGCAGGCAGGAGAAGAGAAGAGAGAAGAGGAGCGAAGAGAGGAGGAGUGGAGGGCCAGUCGACACACACAACACAUACACUCACUCAGACACACAGGCUGAAAAAAGCAGCAUGAUCUGAAGCGCAAAGGGACUAUAGGCUGGACUGGACUGGAAGAUCCAGGCAGGAGAGCCAGGGGGAGCAGGCGAACACCAACGGCACAUCGAGCGCCUUUUGUCGGAUCUACAGUCGCAGCGUUGCCGGGGGAUCGAGGGGGGACUAAUAGACGCGGCUAACGGGGAGACUAACGGAAGGGAAAGACACGGCUAACGGGAUGCGUGUUUGAUGCUCUGCUCUCCGAUGCGGACAGCCGCCGAGCUAACGGACUCGUCGUCGUGUCGCGCGGUUGAACCAUGCAACGGAUUCUGCUCCUGAGUUUGGCGCUGUGGACUUUUCAACGAGUGCGGUGUGCGGCGCGGUUCUCCCAGGAGCCUGCUGACCAGAGUGUGGUGCUGGGCCAGAGGGUGGUGCUGUCCUGUGUCCUCUUCAACUACUCUGGCAUCGUACAGUGGACCAAAGAUGGCCUCGCCCUCGGAAUAGCAGAAGACCUGCAACCGUGGCCGCGGUACCGUGUGCUACGUGUAGCGGACGUGGGCCAGUAUAACCUGGAGAUAUCGCAGGCCGAGCUGUCGGAUGAUGCGCUCUAUGAGUGCCAAGCCACAGAGGCAGCCCUGCGCUCACGAAGAGCCAAACUCACCGUACUCAUCCCCCCUGAUGAGCCUCUGAUCGAUGGGGGCCCGGAGAUCCAGCUGACUGCCGGGGCCCCCUAUAACCUGACCUGCGUAUCCAGAGGGGCCAAACCCGCCGCCGGCAUCGAGUGGCUACGCGACGGACUGCCUGCAGAGGGCGCUGUCAGCACCACGGAGUUGUUGCGUGACCGUAAGCGCGUGACGACGCGUAGCUUCCUGCCCAUCCUGCCGGUGGACACGGACACGGGCCGCAACUUCACCUGCAUCACCUCCAACCAGGCCAUCCCCUCCGGCAAACGCACCACCGCCAAGCUCAACGUCUACCACCCCCCCAUCGUGACGUUGUCCAUAGAGCCGCGCUCGGUGCUGGAGGGGGAGAGGGUCACCUUCACCUGCCAAGCCACCGCCAACCCUGCCAUCAAGGGAUACAAGUGGGCGAAGGGUGGUGUGAUUCUGCAGGGCGCGAGGGAGAGGGUGUUUGUGACCAAGGCGGACCACUCCUUCUUCACCGAGCCUGUCUCCUGUCUCGUCUACAAUGACAUCGGCAGCACCAACGUCAGCAUACUGGUGGACGUACACUUUGGUCCGUACCUGGUGGUGGAGCCUCGGCCGGUGACGGUGGAUAUAGACGAUGACGUCACGCUCAACUGCAAGUGGUCUGGAAACCCCCCUCUCACCCUCACAUGGACCCGGAAGGGCUCCAGCAUGGUGCUGAGCAACAGUAACCAGCUGCACCUGAAGUCGGUGAGCCAGGCGGACGCGGGGCAGUACGUGUGUAAGGCCAUCGUGCCACGCAUCGGAGUCGGAGAGACGGAGGUCACACUCACAGUCAACGGUCCCCCUAUCAUCUCCAGUGAUGCUGUGCAGUAUGCUGCGCGAGGGGAGCGAGGGGAGGUCAAGUGUUACAUCGCCAGCAGCCCACCUCCAGACAAGAUAGUGUGGGCGUGGAAGGAGAACGUGUGGGAGAAGGAGAACGGCAAGCUGCCCGAGCGCUACACGGUGGAGCAGUCCAAGCCGUCACAAGGGGGCGCCGUGCUCUCCACCCUCUCCAUCAACAACGUCAUGGAGACCGACUUCCAGUCCACCUACAACUGCACCGCCUGGAACGCGUUCGGACCCGGCACCAUGAUCAUCACGCUGGAGGAAAUGCAGAGCACCCCAGUGGGCUUCAUCGCGGUGGGCAUCGUCUGCUCCAUCAUCUUCCUCCUCAUCCUCUCCAUGGUGCUGGUCCUCAUCCUCUACAGGCAACGCAAAGGCAGUCGCCGCGGGGUCACGCUGGGUAAACCGGACAUCAAGGUGGAGACCAUCAACAAGGAGAGCCACAGCCUGGAGGAAGACUCCGCCUCCGUAUCCACGGCAACCCGCAUGGUCAAGGCCAUGUACUCACCCUUUAAAGACGACAUCGACCUCAAGCAGGAGCUGCGCAGUGACACGCUAGACACACGUCCCGACUACGAACUCAAGGAUCCGACUAAUGGCUACUACAACGUGCGAGCCUCCACCCAUGACGAGGGCCGGCCCGCCUCGCGCUCCAUGCACUACUCCGACUACCGCACCACCACAGCGCCAGCCGGCGCCGGCGCCACCGUCAGCGUGAGCGCCAGCUCUGCGGGCGGCGGACCCGGGGGAGCCACGGGAGGAGGCGGAGGAGGAGGGGGCGGUCCCGGCACUCCCGGCAGCCUGGCUCCGGGCUCCCGUGGCGGGGGCUGCUACGACCCACGGCCCCCCUCCCGCCUCUCCCACACCAGCUACGCCCAGUUCAACACCUUCACCAGGGCGGGCCAGAGCGCAGGAGGGGGCGGGGUCGGACCCUCGGCGGGCCACUCCCCCGGAGACUUCCCGCCCGACUGCAGCCUGCUGGACUCCUCCCCACAGCUGGCCUACGACAACUACGCCUACCCCUCGCACUACCCGUCCUACCGCAUGGGCUUCGGCCCGCCCAGCCUGGCGCCCCUGGAGGGCGGCCCUGCGUACGAGAUGUACGGGGUGGGCCCGUCGGUAGGGGCCGGGGCGACGGGUGGAGGAGGUGGCGUGGCCGGCGGGCAGGGGGCGGCGGCCCCGGAGGCGGGGCUUGGGAAGUACGGCAGCUCCACGCGGUUCUCGUACACCUCGCAGCAUUCCGACUACAACUCGCACAGACACACGCAGCGCAUGCAGACGCACGUGUGAGCUCACACACACUUACACACACACACACACACAUGCUCACAAACACACUCAGUUGACUCCAUUACACAUGUACAUACCUACACAUUAAAGCGUAGAGUUAGCGUCAGUCGUUUACACACACACACACACACACACACACACACACACACACACACACACACACACACACACACACACACACACACACACACACACACACACACGUACACACGUACACACGUACACACUCCACAUGAAAGAUGAAGGAUCUAUGCCAGGCCUGAGAGAGGAGAGAGAGAGGCGUAGAGAGACAGACAGUGGCCUGGAGGAUUUAAAAGACCAAGGGUUCAGAAGGCCAGCUGGGUCAGUCACGGGUUCAGAUCAACUUAAGACAGCAGCACUAAAGACAAUUCUACUAACAAACCCACUUUCCUGAUUUUAGGCAAUCUUAACCCGUUACGACACGGCGUUAUAAAUGAGCUGUAACCAGAAUGGCAAUGACCAAGAUGUAGUGCAUUUCUAAAGGCCCUUUGUUAUCUCAUAAUAGUGUAUUAUGGUUGUCAACUUUUCAAAGACUUCUGCAGUGCUCCACUGGUGGAAUGUUGUGCAUUUUGGGGCUAUACCUGAUAGCAAGAAGCAGGGCUGCUAACAGGCUUGACUGGGCCCAGGACAAAGUCAUCUGAAAGGGGGCCCCACCUAAUACAUACAUGUAUAAGGUACUGGGGACUCAAAUUCUGGGCCCUCUCUACCCCCGGGCCCCGGACAACAAUCGGCUGAUUCAGAGCGGAUCAAUUUUGUGUGGCAGGGAUUUUAAAUCGUUCCGAAAGUAAAAACCCGGCCAACGUUUUUUUUCUCUAAUACAUACAGUAGUACGGGCAACUUCACUGAGCAGCGUAUCUACCGGUACUAUCUGUCUUUAUUGCACAUCCCAGUCGCUGACUUAUGGUACAGGAGUCAUUAUGAAGGCUAGUAUGAAGGUUAGUAUAACUAACACAAACACUUUAGACAGCUAGUUACAAUCAUAUUUCAAGGUGUAGGGUACUCAGCUGAAUCAUGGUACGCAAGUCAGUAUGACAGCAACUUGACCAACAGCUUAUACCAGAGACGAAUGAUAAGGUAGAGACAAUUCAUGAGCAGUUUCCUUCGGGAUUCAUAUGACGCAAGGCUGCGAACUGCAAUCCUAUGGUAGUCAAGCCCCUUUAAGAGACUAGAAGACUAGGAAAAUGCAAUGGAAAGUCACAUCCAUUUAGGAGACCUGAUUUGAUUCCACUUUGUUGCAUUGGUGCAUCUUAUCUCGGUCUACCAUAUUGAAAAUCUUUGUUAAUACUUCCUGUCUGUCAUCACAAUCAGCUGACUGAUCCUGAACCCGUGAUGGUGCCCCCUGCUGGGACAGAAGAGAAGGGAGUAUCUCCCUCUCUCUCUCUUUGCGGAGAGAGGAGCCAUCCCUCUCUCCGUGAGUUACUUUACAGUAUGUUUUUCAGCUCCUAGAGCUGAUGGCGAGCGGUACAAUCAGGCCGAGAGUAAAGAAGUGAGAUGCGCCACGGGCCGAAAAGAGAGGAGAGGAGAGGAGGCAGAGACACCACAGAAACUCAGAUCCUAGAUCUGUAAUGAUGGGUGGGUGGCGGCUAAAGCCGUAACAGGGGGAGGAGAGGAGGAGGAGAUAAAGAGCAAGAGGAGAGGAGAGGAAGAGGAGAGAGGGCCAGCCUCACAGGAGGAUGGAGGAUGAGGCCUCCUGGCUGGCUCGCCAGAUAGCAGUUGCACCUGGAGAAACAACUGGGGUUGCUAGGUUACGCUAGAGGCUUAUUUACUCACAAACCUUGUGUUUGACCUUUGUCGCAGGUUGAAAACUGGGUCACUAAGCGGAGAUGAUCAACCAAACUUCAGCAUCUUCUACGGAAGAGCAUUACAUUUUGAAGGGAGUAGAAGUCGUGAACUUGAUCUUAAAGCAGUGCUGUGUAGUUUUUCAACCUUAGCAUAAUGUUUCCAAAGUCUGUUGUUCAUCAACUUAAAAACAGGGUAAAAGGUACUUUUAGAUUUUUUUUCUUUACCAGCCUCUAUGCGCUAUUGCCACGCUAAAGAGCAGAGCAUCUUUUUUGUAGUUUUAUGUGAAAGACAAUUCUUCUUCCAUCCAGUAGGGUGUCUGAAGAGGAAAACUGCCUAGUGUUGCUUUAAUGCUUGAUUUGGGCUUUACUUGGGUUGAUCAUGUUCAGGUGUAACCUGCCGUACCUUUACCUGCCAGGUGCAGCUGCUAUCUGACUUAGCAUUGGAGGAUGAUCGACAGCGCCCCCUACCAGUGAUUGCAGUAAUAACAUGCUGCAUCCUCAUUGGUUUAUGUAAAAAGGGGGCGGGACCUCAACCAGUGGAAGGGUCGUGAAUGGCCAUAUAUAUUUUCUCUUUUUUUGGCUGUUUAUUUGUUUAUUAUUUGUUUGUUUGUUUGUUUGUUUAUCAUGUGGUGAUUGUUAGGUCGAUCAUCUCUGAGCACAUUACUCCAGUAUAACAUGUCGGAACGCCCCAGUGUUUCCCAUGGUGCUUAGCGGUGGGGCCAUUGUUUGCACUGCAUUCCAGUAUUACCACGACAACAUUACCCUUAUAUA